AUGAGCAGGCGAUGGAAUUCAGAUGAAGACGAUACUUGGGUAGUAUACAUUCCGGAUGACGACAAGCUGAAGGACGAGGUGAUUGACAGGUUUCAUCGAGAUUUUGGUCACCCCGGUAUCACCAAGACGGUCGGCUUGUUACGUGGAGUCUGUGACUUUAAGGGACUUCAUAGGAGAGUGAAACAUUGGAUUUCUUCCUGUAGCGUCUGUUGCCAAGCCAAGUAUGGCCGUACCCUCACUAAAGCUAUAUCAACAUCUAAAUCAUGGGUGCCUCUCUUAUGGGGUGUCGUUGGUGCUGAUCUAGCAGGACCCAUCAAAGAUGCUGACGGUGUUAAACAUUGGGUCCUUCUAUUGGUAUGCUACAUUAGCAAGUUUGUAGCUGCUACGGUUAUCGACUCUCCAGGCACUGAGGAUGUGGCCUGUGCGACUAUAGAAUUACUGAAUGCCAAUGGGUGGCCUCGUGUAAUAGCAACUGAUCAAGGAAGCUGCUUCAUGUCUAUAAGGUUUAAGCAGCUCCUUGCUGAGCACAAUGUUGUCCAUGUAUACACGUUUGGGUUCGAUGCGGCACGACGAGGUUGGCUUGAGCGUCCACAUGCUGAGUUUUCAUCAGUUAUAAGGUGUAUGACUAAUGAUCGUGGUCGAUCUAUUGAGGGUGUCAGGGACCUGAAGUGUUUGGUGAGCAAGGCUACCUAUGUCGUAAACAACAUCCCCUAUGAAGCUGACAAUGACUUAUGUCCAUGGCUAUGCAUGAGACCAACUGGUGGUCUAACGGCCACACUGUUGACACGUGACCAAUCUGCUAUCGCUGAAAUUAAGAAAUGGCUAGGAUCGGGACUGCUGUAUGAUGAUUUAAUUGAACCACUUGGUUCCUUGAAGGAGGCUUACCUCAACGACAAUAUCCGUACUUUAUCAAAGCUGAAGUCAUUGUGGAUCCGCCGGAAGGGCGAAACUAGAAGACGACUGGCCAAGAUCCGACGUACUGACCAAGACUCUAUAACAAUUGGCGAUACUGUCUGGCGUCGUAACCCAACUGCUGAAAAUAUGGUACCUUAUUUUCUGGUCCCUAUGAGGUUGUUGACCGUGAUGGAGCAACUAUAA